CGCCGGCGGAGGUGAUGAGGGUUCUCGUGCGGCGCUGCUGGGGACACCUGCCAGCUGGUGGCGGCGCGGGCGGGAGAUCGGGACCCCAGUGGCGAGCGCUGUCUGGGCUCGGCGGGUCCCCUGGCGGGGAGGAUGGCGGGGGCACCCGAGUCCGCGAGAAGCCGCCCUGGCGGGUGCUCUUCUUCGGCACGGACCAAUUCGCCCGCGAGACGCUGCGGGCGCUGCACGCCGCCAGGGAAAACAAAGAGGAAGAAUUAAUCGAAAAAUUGGAGGUGGUUACAGUACGUUCCCCAUCACCAAAAGGACUACCCGUGAAGCAAUAUGCUCUCCAAUCUCAGCUUCCAGUGUAUGAGUGGCCAGAUGUGGGAUCUGCAGAAUAUGAUGUUGGAGUGGUUGCUUCAUUUGGCCGACUUUUGAGUGAGGCUCUUAUUCUUAAAUUUCCCUAUGGCAUAUUGAAUGUCCAUCCCAGUUGCCUCCCGAGGUGGCGUGGUCCAGCCCCUAUCAUCCAUACCGUGCUUCACGGAGACACAGUUACUGGAGUGACAAUUAUGCAAAUAAGACCGAAAAGAUUUGAUGUAGGUCCGAUUCUCAAACAGGAAACCAUUCCUGUGCCACCCAAAAGCACCGCAAAGGAAUUGGAAGAAGUGCUGUCUCGACUGGGUGCCAACAUGCUUAUUUCAGUUUUGAAAAAUUUGCCUGAAAGUUUGAACAAUGGAAGGCAGCAGCCACCUGAGGGGUUGACAUACGCCCCUAAGAUUUCUGCUAGUACCAGCUGUAUAAAAUGGGAAGAACAAACUUCAGAGGAAAUAUUCAGACUUUAUCGUGCCAUUGGAGAUAUAAUUCCAUUGCAGACGCUCUGGAUGGAGAAUACCAUCAAACUUCUGGAUUUGGUAGAAGUUAAUAGUUCAGUCCUCACUGAUCCAAAAUCAACAGGGCAGGCUGUUAUUCCAGGAUCCAUAAUAUACCACAAACAGUCACAAAUACUGCUGGUUUGUUGCAAGGAUGGCUGGAUUGGUGUUCAAUCAGUGAUGCUCAAGAAAACACUAACAGCUACCGAUUUCUACAAUGGAUAUUUGCACCCCUGGCACCAGAAAAAUCCCCAAGCUCAUCCAAGCCAAUGCAGAUUUCAGACUCUCAGACUUCCAACAAAGCAGCAGCAGAAAGGAAAAAAAAAUUGUUGCUAUGCAACAGUGCAUUAAGUAGUUAGGAAGAAGAUGGACAAGACCAAUUACAUAUUCGUAAUUUAUUAAAAGCCUUAUUUACAAGGAAUUACCUUAAUUUUCAAAGAAGAUGACACUGUUGGAGGAAGAGAAGAUUAUUGUCAAAAAGAUGAAUUACCUCACUUCCCUCUUCUUGUUUAACAGUAAUUAAAAAAACUUUUCUACUUGAAUAACAAAAGACACUUUAAAUAAAAUUUUUAUUUAUAAUAUCAAACUCAAGGAGACUGUAUCUUCCCCUAAGAGCAAGUGCAACUGACUGGUAUACAUAUGUAUACUGAAGAGAGGUUCUUUAGAAAGUACUUCUAUUGAAUUUUUAAAAUCUAUGUCCCCAUUGACUAUGAUUUUAGGAGUAUUUCAUCUGAAUUUCUAAUUUUCAAUGGAUAUUUGCUCUAGUAAAUAAAGUAGUAAAGUAGUAAAGUCA